AUGCUUCAGACCCAGGAUUCACUGACACUGGAGGACGUGGCUGUGGAGUUCACCGGGGAGGAGUGGGAGCUCCUGGCCCCUGCUCAGAAGGCCUUGUACCGGGACGUGAUGCUGGAGAACUACAGCCACCUGGUGUCCGUGGGAUAUCAAGUUCCCCAGCCAGAUGCCCUCUCCAGGUUGGCAAGAGGAGAACUGCCGUGCAGUAUGCCAGACAGCAGCCACAGUCAAGACUAUUCAGAAUUCCAGAACGUUGAUGAUCAUUCUCCUGGGCGAAAUGAAGGCAGGAUGAACAGAGUGGAACAAUACCAUGACCAUAGUGCAUGGGAAAACAUUUUUUCCCAUCAAACGAGUCAUUUUCCUUUAAGAAAACAUAGUAUAUUGGACUCACAUGAAAAAACUAUAAAAUCAAAUUUAGCUUUAAUUAACCUGAGCAGCAGCGAAGAAGUGAUGGACUCUUUUGAGUUUAAUAGAGACGCUAACCAUGGACAGUUUCAUACUGAAAUCAAAUUUCCCGAAAGCGAAAACUUCAACAGCGCUGAGUCUCAACUAAUUCAGUAUCAGAACAAACUAGAGAAACCAUAUGUGUGUAAUGAGUGUGGGAAAGCCUUCACCCGGAAGUCUUGGUUUAUUAGUCACCAGAUCAUUCAUACGGGAGAGAAACCCCAUAGAUGUUAUCUAUGUGGGGAAACCUUCUCCAGGCAGUUUAAGCUCACUGAACAUCUUCGGAGAGCUCACAAAGGAGAAAAACCUUUUGAAUGCAUGGAGUGUGGGAGAGCCUUUCUCCAGAAAUCACAGCUCAACAUACACCAACAAACUCACACUGGAGAGAAACCCUACCUGUGUAAUGAAUGUGACAAAGGUUUCAUCCAUAAAAGAAAUCUCAUCAUUCAUCAGCGAAUUCAUACCGGAGAGAGACCCUACGUAUGCAGUGAAUGCGGAAAUGGCUUCAUCCGGAAGGCAAAUCUCAUUGUUCAUCAGCAGACUCAUACUGGACAGAAACCCUAUGUGUGUGGCGACUGUGGAAAAAGCUUCACUCAGAAGGGAGGUCUCAUUAUUCAUCAGCGGAUUCACACUGGAGAAAAACCUUACAUAUGCACUGAAUGUGGAAAAGCCUUCAUCCGUAAGCAAUAUCUCAUUAUUCAUUUGCGAAUUCAUAGUACAGAGAAGCCCUACGUUUGCACUGAAUGUGGUAACUGCUUCGUUCAGAAGAGAGAAUACAUCAUGCAUCAGCGAAUUCAUACCGCGGAGAAGCUCCCAGCAAGUCACAGCUCAUCAAAUUCCAGUAAUCUCAUACGGGAGAAAAAUCCUGUUAACAUAGUAACUAUGCAGAUGCCUUCUGUGACAACUCAGCCACCAAUAAACAUGAGUGGGUUUCUCUCACAUAGGAACGUGGUCCUUGUGGGACAACCCGUUGCCAGAAGUGAACCCCCGGGAAAUGACAGACUAUCGGUCCAGCAGAGAAAUCUGAUGAAUACUGUGAAUGUGGUAUUACCUAUGAAUGCAGUACCACUGGCCUUCAAUGACGUGGCUGUGGAGUUCACCUGGGAGGAGUGGCAGCUCCUGGCCCCUGCUCAGAAGGCCCUGUACCGGGACGUGAUGUUGGAGAACUACAGCCACCUGGUGUCCGUGGCUGCUGGAACCUGUGGCGUGCCCGUGGGCUUCUCACGUGGAGGUUCCUCUAUGGAAUCUCUGGUCCCGAUAAGUCGGGAUAGUCUCCCGACUCCAGAGAGAAAGCUCUUUGUUGUGCACAUGUGGACGCUGCUUUGUGAAAGAAUGCAGGCUCUAAAAGCGUACGGCAUGCUUGUGUAG